UCUCUCUCUCUCUCUCUCUCUCUCUCUCUCUCUGUCCAACCCCUGAAAACAGACCCGAGAAUAAACAGCCGAAAACAGACCUCUCAGCUGAUAAAACCAAUAAAAUCUACAGAUACGUAUAAAUAAACAUACAUGUCAUAUAACAAACUUCAGAAUUCCAAAACUGUAACCUCCAAGCAACCGAAAGAUUAGCUUAAGCCUAGUCAGAGUCGCUGACAGGUAUAAGGUCCAUUCUUGUUUUGAAAAAUUCAAAGGAGCCAUGAGUUACCCGAACUGCCCUGUUUCUGUUUCCUCUGUUUUUGCUUGGAACUGAAUUUACUGGCUGAUUAAAUUGAUGGUUUAUGAAGAUUGUUUUUAUUCAGUGCCCAUUUCGAUUCUGUGGAUAUGGGCUCUGUUAAGAUGUUCCUGUAUCAGAAAUUGGUUCUCUUUGUCCGCUCUUUCUGGUUCUCCGUCUCCACCUAUUUGCUUCCUUGGUUGGGUGUCAUUACCACCUACCUCUUCAGGUUUAAAAAGAAUAAGAGUUCUUCAGAGAACAAUUCAAAGUUCUCAGAGCUUAUUUCUGAAGAAAAUUGCCAAAAGAAUCCCAGUUGUAAUGCGCCAGAGUCAGUGUUAGAAGUAAAAAAUGAUUCUUUCAGUUUUUCUGAAAGAGAGAAUGAUGAGGUGGGCGAAAAAGAGACUCCCGCGUUCUGUUUCAAAUUUAAAUUCCCAACCUUUGAGGAAUUCAGUAAAAGCAGUGGGGUUGAUAAAGGUUUUCUUAGCUCUGAAGUGGUUCCAUCAAUUAGUACUAGUAAGUAUGAGUUCAUGCCUGAGAAGAGUUUUAGCGGGUUCAUUGAAGAACCAGAGUUUUUAAGUUUUGAUGUAAAAGAAGCAAACAUUGAUAAAAAUAGUGGUUCUUUAGGAGUGAAUGAAAUUGUUGAAGAUGGGUUUUUAUCGGAGAUGGAUUUUAAAAAAGUUCAUUCAGAACCAGAAACUGUUCAUGAUGAAGUACCAGAGAACGUGAUUGAUGAUGCAUGUUUGGAAGAGGAGAUACCAGAGAAAAUUGAGGCAACGACAUUCACAGAAGAGAAGCUUGAACCAGAUGAUGAAGAUAACAUUUCUCGUGGUGACCAAGAUGAAGUUCAUUCUGAAAAUGAUUCCAUCAGUAUGGAAUCAGAUUCAGAAUCAAUGAGUUUAAGCCAUAUGCAUUCUGUUAUGAGUCAUCUGAUUGAUUCAUAUAGUGAUGGGUUUUUGUCAGAUGGAGAUUUCGGAGGAGAAUUUGAACUAGAUACUUUGAUGGAUAAUGAUGGUGAGAAGAAAGAGCACUAUGAUGGGAUGCCAGACUUUGAAGAUCACGAAUCUGAUGACUUUGAUGAUGAAGAUAGUGAUAUAAUGGAAGAACUUAAAAAAUUGGAGGAGGUUCAUUUGCAGAAUCCAUUUGUGUCUCAGAAUGAUUUUGGUAAAGAAUUGGACAAAUCCAAAAAUGAAGAAUUCAAUACCAAAGAUGACAAGCCAGUGAACGGUUCAGGUAAUUCUGAAAAGCUCGAGUCAAAGAAUUCAUCAGACCUGGAUUCAGAGGAUGAAUAUGAUUUGGAAACAUUGUGGGAACAUCAAGAAUUGAUAGAACAGUUGAAGAUGGAACUUAAAAAGGUUAGAGCCACAGGACUGCCUACUAUCAUGGAAGAAUCCGAGUCGCCAAAGAUGGAGGACUUAAAGCCAUGGAAGAUCGACGAGAAGUUUCAGCGUGAAGAUUGUAUAGGGGAGCUUCACAAAUUCUACAAGAGUUACAGGGAGAGGAUGCGAAAAUUCGAUAUCUUGAAUUACCAGAAGAUGUAUGCAAUAGGUUUUCUGCAGCUUAAAGACCCACUCCAAUCAAUUACAAGGCAGAAAACUUCAGUUCCAGCUUUCACAUCCCUUUUGUCACAGAGCUUUAAAUCAUACAAGAAGAAAAAAGUUGAAACCGACCCAAUGAUAAAGUUCAUCGGAGAAUUACAGAGUGAUUUGGAAGUGGUGUAUGUCGGACAAAUGUGCCUUUCCUGGGAAAUUCUACAAUGGCAAUAUGAGAAGACCUUGGAUCUUUGGGAAGCUGAUCCACGAAGGAUACAUCUGUACAAUGAAGUUGCUGGAGAAUUUCAGCAGUUUCAAGUGCUCAUGCAAAGAUUUAUAGAGGAUGAACCUUUUCAAGGUCCAAGGGUUCAGAAUUAUGUCAAGAAUCGAUGUGUUCUUCGUAAUCUUCUUCAGAUUCCUCUUAUAAGAGAGGAUAGUUCAAAGGACAAAAGGAAGGCAAAAAUGAAAGAGAAAGGCGAAUAUGCCAUUACAAGUGACAUGCUAGUGGAGAUCAUGGAAGAAUCAAUACGAAUUUUUUGGCGAUUUGUUCGAGCAGAUAAGGAUUGCACCAAUGUCAUUUCAAAGGAUCGAAGGGGAACACCUGUAGAACUUCAAGAUCCUGAAGAUUCCAAGCUUUUGUUGGAAGUCCGAAGAAAUCUUCAGAAGAAGGAGAGGAAGCUCAAAGAUCUGUUGAGGAGUGGAAACUGCAUAUUAAGGAAGUUCCAAAGGUGUCGAGAAGACGAGUCAGAUCAAGUUCUUUGCUUCUUCUCUCAAGUAGAUAUGAAACUAGUCUCAAGGGUCCUAAACAUGUCAAGAAUAACAACAGACCAGCUGUUCUGGUGUCGAAAUAAACUAAGCAAUAUUAGUUUCGUUAACCGGAAGAUUCAUGUAGAAUCUUCAUUUUUGCUCUUUCCAUGUUAAAUCCUAACAACUAGAUCAUGAUAUUAAACAGGAAGAAAAAAAAACGAAAUCUUUAGGAAAAUUUUGCUGUGUCUGUAGCUUGGAAAUACCGUGUUUAAGUGUUAGCUAGAUGGUUGACAAUGAGUUUCCAGGAUAGUGUCUUUGGAUGUGGACCCUUUGGCAGAACAAAGCAAGAUUAGAAUAUGAAUAAGAAUAAGCACAUAAUGUACUAAAUGAAACCACAGGAAUGUUUUAAGCUGUUA